UUUGUGAUUCUUCAAUAAAAAAAGAGAAGAAGAGAAGACGCAGAAAAGUUCAGGCCAGUUCACGCCCCCGCUCCUACCGACACAGAAACCCAAUAAUGAGUCUUCUGCACCAAACACGGUGUAUUUGACCUCUGAUCUUCACCAUGUGUUCAAUUCCUGGCCUUCCAACGCCAGGAUCAGAGGUACCUGUUCUCAUCACAAGGGUAAACCUGAACUCCUCUUGUGGUCUUGUGGAAUUAUUAGUUAACAUUGAUGAUGGGAGGAAGCAUGUUUAUGAGGAGAUGAGAGAGGAAAUUCAGACAUCUGAAAGGAAGUCCUAUGGAUCAGAAGGAAAAGCAGGGGAUCUCUGCCUGGUUUGCAUCACUGACAGCUGGCACAGAGCUCGGAUUGUAUCAACGCAAAGUGGAACUUGCAAUGUUUUUCUAAUUGACCAAGGACAGCCCCAUACCGCCACCAGAGAAGCUUUAGCAUGGGGCCAGAGCGACAGUUUUCUUCUUCCUCCUGAAACUGAAUCAUGCAUACUUGCAAACAUUGUCUCUCUUGAGAAUAACUGGCCUGAAAAAGCUACAAAGUUUUUGGAGUCGCUGCCUGGCAAGACGUUUAAGGGACUGGUUCAGCAUGUGCUGAUGCCCGACAGGAUCAUCGUCCUUGACAUCCCAGUUGUUUCCAAGCACAUGUGUAAGUUUGGAGUUGCAAAGAAGUUGCCAGUAGAUGAGUUCAAAUGCCUUGUACAGAAAUGUCUUGAGGCCGAUCGCAUAACGCCCGAACAGAAUCUGAAUGUUGGUUGCCAACUUGAGAAGCAUGACCAAUAUUUUUACCCAGAACUGUUAACGGAAACUUUCGAAACUGUUCAUGUGACAGAGGUAACUAAUCCAUAUAACAUUUUUUGCAAACUCCUGAUAUUUUCUAAGGCCGUGAAGAUAUUAUCAGAACAGAUCCAGCAACACUAUGAAGAGAACUCAGAUUUGGGAGAGAUGCCACCUUUGAACUACGGGGAUCCAUGUGCUGCUAAAGGGAUGAAUGGCAGAUGGAAUCGCUCCUUACUAAAGCAAACCUUGACUACUAGCGAUGCCACUGUACAAGUCUUGCAUGUCGAUGAAGGAAAAAUUGAACUGGUCCCAGUUGGAGACAUCAGACCUUUGCAUGGAAAAUUUCUGAGAAUGCCAGUUGUCACGUAUCGCUGUUCUCUUGAAGGUUUAAAAGAUAAUGGCAAAGGGUGGACCACAGACCAGACUGAUUACCUGAAAUCACUGCUCCUGAACCAGACAAUCGUGGCAAAGUUUAACCACCACAAUAUACUUCAAGAUGUCUAUACUGUCGCUCUCUAUGCAGAAAAUGCUGCAUGCAUAAACACAUGUUUUAUCGAGAAGGCAGGACCCUUUUCACCCUCCAAGACUGAACAAGUUUCAGUUGUCAAUAAUGAAGCCAUUCCCUCAUCAGUGCUUGGUCCACUUGGAGAUGAACGUUGUGUGGAUUUACAGAGCAAAAUCAUAGUAAAUGUCAAUGGUUUAGAAGAGGAAACUUUGAUAAGCACCAAGAACCUGGCAGUCAAUGGCAGGACGGAUGAUGUAUCCACCUCUGAAACGGAUGAUACUCCUAGCAAAGAGAGUGAAGACCAUCCAGUCCCUCUCAUACAGAUCAAUGGGCAUCUUUCCACAGAUUUCCCCUCUGAGGCACAAAAUGCUUUUGAUGAUGAGGUUUCUGUUGGGGGUAGUGUCAUUGUCAAAGUAUCUUUCAUAGAAAGUCUACAGAAGUUCUGGUGUCAAAAAGUAGAAAAUGGUGACUGUCUUAGACUCCUGAUGCAAGACCUGCAAAACCACUAUGCAUCUGCACACCCUCAGCCGCUUGUUGAGUCGAUCUGCGUCGCCCGAAAUCCAGACAAUGACAUGUGGUACAGAGCAAAGAUCAUGGCAAGUCACCACUCUCCUGUUGUAGAUGUGAGAUUUAUAGACUAUGGUCAAACUCGAACGGUGGCUCUACGAGACGUGCGCCCCAUUGAUCCAUCUUUUUUGCGGCUAAAUGCGCAGGCUUUUCAGUGUUGCUUUUUCAAUCGGAAUAUUUCCAGUAAUCCCACCACCAACACUCAGACUGAUGAUGCAGAGUUUCAGAAAUUUGUGGAUUUAGGUGCUUUGUCAAACAGUGGGUUGAAGUGCAUUGUUAAAGCUGUAACAUCUGAUGAAGACGGUCUGCCGUUGAACAUGGUAGACAUUGAAACACCAUCUGACAGUGAGCUUCUGACUCAGACAUGUGCACAGCCUGAAGCUUGCAUUCAAAUUCCUGAACAAGUCCCAUCAGAUGCAUACAGUUACUCCACACAUAAUAUUGAGGUUGGUGGAAAAGAAAAGAUGUGGGUAACCUCUUCAGAAAAUGUCAAUCACUUCUACUGCCAACUGGACAGGAAUUCUUGUUUGUUUGACAAAGUAAUGGAAAAUAUAAAACAAUGGCUUUGCCAGCCAGAGUGCACAGAUCACCAAAUUGGACUUAAGAGCAUUUGCUUAGCGAGGUACACUGAUAAUCAGUGGUACAGAGGUCAAGUAGAAGAAAUGUCUCCAAAACUUAAAGUGCACUUUGUCGACUUCGGUGAAACGCUUGCAGUCAACGAAUCUGAUAUUCGCCCCUUUCCCACUGGAGCAAAUAUGGCCAAGUCUAUCCCUGUGCAGGCUGUUCCACUUGGACUGUUUGAUGUCCCUGCAAAAGUGCCACAGGAAGUUAAUCAGUGGUUUGCAGACCAUGCUGUUGGCCAAGGUUUCACCAUUUCAGUGGUAGCAAAAGAGGCAAAUGGGAAGCUAAUUGUUGAACUGUUUGAAGGAUCUCUGAAUGUAAAUAUAAAAGUCAGAGAGAAAAUAUCGAAGAUGAUAAAACAAGGGAAGAAUAGUCUCAUUCAGCAGACUGACCAGCAGCUUCCCAACAGCUCAGAACAUGCCAGUGUGUCAAAUGAGGACUGUUUAACACAAGAGCUUGUCAAUAAAUCAGUAUUAACAAACAUGAGAGAACAAAGUAAAGUCCACAGAAAGAAUGAAACAUGUGCAGGAGAUGAGUGGAGUUCACAAACCAUAACUAAUGUAUCUGCACCAGAGACUGAACAUGAAAAGAUAUUGGAUGAAGGAAGAAAACCAGCUUUGGAUGUCAUUGUUACUGACAAAGAAAUAGAAGGGGGCCACAAUGACUCAGAAGUUACACAACUUUCCCUUCCUUCUUGCCCUGAGGGAAUCUACAUGUACAAGUGGCCAAACAUUUUGCAAAACAAGACAGAAGAGGUAUACACAUCCUGCAUUGUUGGACCACAUCAUUUCUGGUGUCAGUACAUUAACACCAAAGACCUGAACAUGGUCUCAGUGCUUGCUCAAGAAGCAGGACAGGCACAUUAUGACAUGAUGUUCCCCAAGACUCUUGGUCCUGGCAGUCCAUGCCUUGCUCUGUUUUCCAGUGACAAUCAGUGGUAUCGAGCCCAAGUUACUCGCAGAGUUGACGAUGCAUUCAAUGUUUUGUUUAUCGACUACGGAAAUGAGUCUAAUGUUCCCAUCAAGAAUGUAAGAUCACUGCCUCAGAGUCUACUGGAAAAGACUCCUCAGGCAUUUUUGUGUUUUUUGAAUGGAUUUGAUGAGUCAGAGGGUUCAUGGGAUGACGAUGCGUAUGAUUCAUUCCACAGUCUUCUGGUUGAUAAACCACUCACAGUGACGAUGCUCAACACAGAGGAUCAUUCAGAAGGUCCAGUUCCUCAGUAUGCAGUCGAAAUUGAGUGUGAGGGAAUGGUUGUGAAUGCAGCAAUGCAGAAAUACUGGAAAUCAACUGCCAAAGAAAAUGUUCCAGUUGAAGCCUCUCAAACAGAAACCCUCCUCCUUGAUGGUCAAAUCCAGUCCAACAUGACCAACCUCACUGUUUCCAAAGAAAAUGGGAACACUUGCAUGUACAAGGAGCCAUGCAUCUCCAAAAACAAAAAGGUGGCGGUAUAUGCUUCUUGCAUUGUGGAACCUCAUUUCUUCUGGUGUCAGUAUGCCAACACAGAGGAGCUCAGCAAAGUGACAAGACUUGCUCAGGAGGCAGGGCAGGCAGAACAUGACAUGAUGUUCCCAGAGACUCUCGGUCCCGGCAGUCCAUGCCUUGCUCUGUUUUCCAGUGACCACCAGUGGUAUCGAGCUCAAGUAAUUCAAAGAGUUGACGAUAUAUUCGAUGUCCUGUUUAUUGAUUAUGGAAAUGAGGCUGACAUUGACAUCAAGAGUGUGAAAUCACUGCCUCAGAGUCUUUUGGAGAAGGCUCCUCAGGCUUUUUUGUGCUCUUUGAAUGGAUUUGAUAAAUCCAGGGGCUCCUGGAAUGAUGAAGUCUACGAAGAGUACUAUAAUCUUCUGGUUGAUAAACCACUCACUGUGACAGUGCUCAACACAGAGGAACAUUCAGAAAGUGCAGUUCCUCAGUAUGCAGUGGAAAUUGAGUGUGAGGGAGUGGUUGUAAAUGCAGCAAUGCAGAAGUACUGGAAAUCCAUUGCCAAAGAACAUGUUCCAGUUGAACCCUCUCAAACAGAAACUUUCCCCCAAGAUGGUCAAAUCCAGUCCAACAUGACCAACCUCACUGAUUCCAAAGAAAUUGUUGAUGCCUACAUGUACAAGGAGCCAUGCUUCUCAAAAAAUAAAAAGGAGGAGGUAUAUGCUUCUUGCAUUGUGGAACCUCAUUUCUUCUGGUGUCAGUAUGCCAAUACAGAGGAACUCAGCAAAGUGACAAGACUCGCUCAGGAGGCAGGGCAGACAGAACAUGACAUGAUGUUCCCAGAGACUCUCGGUCCCGGCAGUCCAUGCCUUGCUCUGUUUUCCAGUGACAACCAGUGGUAUCGAGCUCAAGUGAUUCGAAGAGUUGACGAUAUAUUUGAUGUCCUGUUUAUUGACUAUGGAAAUGAGUCUGACGUUGACAUCAAGAAUGUGAGAUCUAUGCCUGUGAGUCUGCUGGAGAAGGCUCCUCAGGCCUUUAUGUGCUCCUUGAAUGGAUUUGAUAAGUCCAGGGGCUCCUGGAAUGACCAAGUUUAUGAUGACUUCUACAAUCUUCUGGUUGAUGAACCACUCACAGUGACGGUGCUCAACACAGAUAACCAUUCAGAAAGAGCAGUUCCUCAGUAUGCAGUGGAAAUUGAGUGUGAUGGAGUGGUUGUAAAUGCAGCCAUGCAGAAAUACUGGAAACCAGUUGCCAAGGAACGUGCUUCGUUUGAACACCCUGAAACAAAAACCUUUGUCCAAGAUAAUCAAACCAAGUCCAACAUGACCAACCUCACUGUUUCCAAAGAAAAUGGGAACACUUGCAUGUACAAGGAGCCAUGCAUCUCCAAAAAUAAAAAGGAGGCAGUAUAUGCUUCAUGUAUUGUGGAACCUCAUUUCUUCUGGUGUCAGUAUGCCAACACAGAGGAGCUCAGCAAAGUGACAAGACUUGCUCAGGAAGCAGGACAGGCAGAACAUGACAUGAUGUUCCCAGAGACUCUCGGUCCCGGCAGUCCAUGCCUUGCUCUGUUUUCCAGUGACAACCAGUGGUAUCGAGCUCAAGUAAUUCGAAGAGUUGACAAUGCAUUCGAUGUCUUCUUUAUUGAUUAUGGAAAUGAGUCUGACGUUGACAUCAGGAACGUGAGACCACUGCCUCAGAGUCUGCUGGAGAAGGCUCCUCAGGCCUUUUUGUGUUCUUUGAAUGGAUUUGAUAAGUCCAGGGGCUCCUGGGAUGAUGAAGUCUACGACGACUUUUACAAUGUCCUGGUCGACAAACCACUUAGAGUGACGGUUUUCAACAUAGAGUAUCAUUCAGAGAUGGCAGUUCCUCAGUAUGCGGUUGAAAUUGAGUGUGAUGAAGUGGUGGUUAAAACACUGAUGGAGAAACACUGGAAAGGACUGGACACAGAUGAUACAUUGGCAGAAAGUUUGGUAUCAGUGGACCAGGAUAAUGUGGAGUGUUGGAGUUUGAAGUCAUCAAAAAAACACCAAAUGAACGCUCUGGACCUUCUGGAUGAAUGGCCAUGUUGUGACAAAGCAGGCUUGACUUUUGUGAGCUGAAAAUACACAUUUGUCAUGUUAGAAAUUUUACAAACUGUAAUUUUACUAACUAAAUGAAGCGAAGCAUGUCUUGUGGUUAAUUUGUGUCAAUAAACAUACUAUACU